CGAGCCCGGUGGGAGCCGGCGGGACGGGCUGAGGGGAGCCGGGACGGAGCGGGGGCUGAGAGCGGCAGCGGGGCUGAGCCCGGGGCAGAGCGGUUGCUGAGAGCGGCAGCGGGGCUGAGCGGUGAGGGGAGGUGCCUGGAGCGUGGCAGCCAUGGAGAAGUGGAGCCUGAUGACGAUCUCGGUGCUGCUGGCGCUCACCGUGCGCUGGGCUGUGUCCCUGGGCUCCUACUCAGGGGCAGGAAAACCACCUAUGUAUGGAGACUACGAGGCUCAGAGGCACUGGCAAGAAAUCACCUACAACUUACCCAUCAGGCAGUGGUACUUCAAUACAAGUGACAACAACCUGCUGUACUGGGGCCUCGAUUACCCACCUCUCACUGCCUAUCACAGUUUUGUGUGUGCUUACAUUGCAAAGUUAAUAAAUCCUGAUUGGGUUGCUCUGCACACAUCUCGGGGCUAUGAGAGCCAGCCCCAUAAGUUAUUUAUGCGUACAACAGUGUUUGUUGCUGAUCUGCUGGUUUAUAUCCCUGCAGUUAUUUUAUAUUGUUUUUCCUUGAAAGAAACAUCUGCUAAAAAAAAGGUUUCCAGUGCUCUCUGCAUCCUGCUUUAUCCAGGCCUCAUCCUUAUUGACCAUGGGCACUUCCAAUACAACUCAGUGAGCCUUGGCUUGGCCCUGUGGGCUGUCCUUUGUUUGUCCCAGGACUGGGACCUCCUGGGCUCCGUGGCAUUUUGCUUGGCCUUAAAUUAUAAGCAAAUGGAGCUCUACCAUUCCCUGCCCUUUUUUUGCUAUUUACUUGGAAAGUGCUUCAAGAAGGGACUGAAAGGAAAGGGGUUGGUGCUGUUGGCUAAACUGGCAGGGACAGUGCUGGUGUCCUUCGCUGCCUGCUGGCUCCCGUUCGGCACCGACGUGGAACAAAUCAUGCAAGUACUCAGAAGACUCUUUCCCAUUGACAGAGGCUUGUUUGAGGAUAAAGUAGCCAAUAUUUGGUGCAGUCUAAGUGUCCUUAUAAAGAUAAAGAAUGUAAUAUCCCCUCGAACUCAGCUGAAACUCAGUUUUGCUAUAACAUUCCUGAGCCUGCUCCCUGCCUGUAUCAAGCUCACUGUCCAGCCUUCCCUGCGAGGGUUUAAAUUUGCCUUGGUCAGCUGUGCCUUGUCAUUUUUCCUGUUCUCCUUUCAAGUCCAUGAAAAGUCUAUUCUUCUCGUGUCAGUCCCAGUUUGCUUACUCAUAAAUGAAAUCCCCUUCAUGGCCACAUGGUUUCUACUUGUGUCAACUUUCAGCCUGCUGCCCCUGCUGCUGAAGGACGAGCUGCUGCUGCCCUACGCCGUCACCACGCCCGCCUUCCUGGCCGUGUGCCUGGCCUCCUUCUCCAUCCUGGAGAAGACCUCAGCAGAGGACCUACAGCUCAAGGCCUUUUCCCUUUCCCUCAAGGGUUAUGUGUCCUGGUUUAAGUCCUUUCCCAGGAUUGUCAGGAGCCUGUUCCUGCUGUCCCUGUCCCUGAUGGGACUCCUGUCAGUGCUCAGUGCUGCGGUGCCUCCUCCCCAGCGCCUGCCGGAUCUGUUCCCUCUGGCCGUGGCCGUGGUUUCCUGCCUGCACUUCCUGCUCUUCCUGGUGUAUUUUAAUGUUGUCAUACUCUGGGACUCCAAGAAUAGAGGGCAGAAGAAAAUCAGUUAAUGAAGCUGAAGCUGCAGGACUGAGAGUGCUCAGUGAGAGGUGCCAGCACUGCAGAGGAGCCUGUGUGUGAUGGACACAACUCGAGGAAAGCCAGGAAAAACUUUUUGCUUAUUUAAACACAAAACAAUCAAAGACUGUUUUAAAGGAGAAAUAUUUUGAAGAGCAUUGGGAAUGGGAUUUGAUUUGUUUUCUUUGGAAGUGUCAUACUUUUGUUACCAUUUGUUAACCUAAAAUGCUUAAUAAAGGACCAAAUUUUGAAUUAAUGCUAAAAUACUGUAUUAGCAAAAGCAGCAUGAAGUUUUCUCCUUUCCCAGGAUAAAAAGCCCAAGGAAGUAGUGCAGGUCAAGAGUAAACUCGUGCCUGGCAGCACUGAAGUUGUGGUGCUGAUUGCUGUAUGACACAAACCUGGUUUGUGGCAUCAGUCACUGUCCCCCUGUGCUGGGGGUCAGCAGCUCUGGUGUGGCUUUGAAACUGCUGCAAAUCUCUUUAACAGCACUGAAAAGCCAAAACUUUUGGUUCUACUGCAAUAAAAGCUGAGGUGCUGCAGUGCAGUUUGAAAAUACCCAAACCCCUUAUUAAAUUGCACAGCAAUUUGCAGAUGUAAACUGAACUCAACUCUGCAAUUUCUCCCCGGGCACAGCUCAGCCUCCAAAGCCAAUAAUUCAGAAAAUACAAAUUGAUUGAGUAAUUAUAAACAUAACAAAGCAUGGAGGAAGAAAAUAAAUCAUAAAGCAAUUUAGGGUUGUAUAGUUUAAUUAGGAGUCAGUCUACCCUUUUUUUUCUUUCUGUAUCUAUAUAUAAAUAUAAAAGAAGCUCCCCCCUUGUUUAAAGGCUUCCCCUGUCACAUUCCAGGCUGUCACUGCCCUCAGCCUCAGUGUGUGAAUCAGCUGUUCUGGGAACUUCCAGCUGGGCCAGUUCUGAGCCCUGGCACUGGACUCCCACAAGCUCCGUGUAUUUGUGCACUUUUUUCCAGGCUUAUUUGUUGUGGAAAAAAUACCCCCAGGCAACACUGCAUCCCUGGAAGCUCAGAGAGAGUGGAAAAGGGGCUCUGGAUAGGAAAUAGAAGGAUAUUGGUUCAGUUUCCCUACACUGCAACACUUCCCUAUAAAACAACAAAAGUUCCAUCUUUUCACAAGGAUUUAGGAUUUUCUGGGUCUGACUCUUAACUGUGGCAUGCAAGAGCUCUGCCCACAGCACGGCCUUUCUGCAAGUGUGGGCUGAGUGGCACUGAGGGGACAGAAAAAGGACACAAAAUAGGAAUCUUUGUCUCCAGAGGCUGUGAAAUCCCAAAGCCACCGUGUUUUCCCCCAAGGAACGGCUGCCUGAGGAAGGGCUGUACCGUGGGACAGGGAAAUGAAGGUGGAUGGAAGCAGAGGGAGCCCAGGGUCUCAUUAGCCCCAGCAGAGCCCAGGCCCAUCCUUCCCCGUACCCAAACAUUAGUUUUGGGUGUAUCCCUUUCCUUUGUCCUUGAGGUGGCCUCGGGGGGUGAUAAAGUGAGAGUCACCCGAUCCACCUUGUGUGGAACUGGAAAUGGUUCUUAACAGCCCCAGCUGCUUCAGAGGCAAAAGCCUGGUGCAGCAGGAGGUCACAGCCAGAGUGCUCAGAGGCUGGGCUGUGCAGGAGCUCGCUGUGCAACUCCCGUCUCCCUGAAAACGCCCCAUUCAUAUCUGCCAUGGGGGAGUUCUGCUGUGCUCACUGCUGGCCAUCAGCACCUUUGCUCUUGGUUCCUGAACAAGUUGGGUGCUGUUCUGCCAGGACUGCCCAAAACAGCUCCAUUUAGACCAGCACAGUUGGUUCCAGACUCAUCUGAGAUCAAUCAUUAUUUAAUUUCCAGCUCCAGAGGUUAUAGAAACUCUGGCUGGCUCAGGG